AAAAAUGGGUGGUGGGCGUGGCGAAACGGGGAACGCAGAAUGUAGCUGCGAAAGCUGAAGAUAAUAUAACCAGUUUUUUGAGUUCGAGAGUUGCGUAGUGAAGAAAAAUACUUACCAAAAAUGGAUACAAAAACUAUAAGAAAAAAAGGCACACCAUUUUCGUUAUCAACUCCAUUUGAAUUUUGGUAAAUAUACUUAUUAGGAUUCUUUCUUAAACAAAAAGAUGACCAUAUACAGUUAUGAUUAUAGUUGGAGUUAUGCAUGUAAAAUUGCAUAAAUAUUAAACAAAAGAAAAAAAAAAAAAAAGAAAAAAGAAAAGAAAAAGUAAGCAAUUAAAAUUUGAUGGCAAUGGCGGCAGUUACAGCAGCAGCAGUGGCACAAACAAGCAUCGGCCUCAGCCUAUGUAACACGCAAAGGUGGGAAUUUGUGUACCACCAAAGGAAAACGCAUAGUCGUACGGAGACCCUCUACUCCACUCUCUCAUCUCCAAUCGUCAACACCACCAUGUCGUCUUUUCUUAGGAGAAGGGUGAGGAGGAGUUGGGCAUCGUUUGCUUCAUCAUCAUCAUCUUCUUCUUCUUCUUCAGUGAAGUCGUUGGGAAAAGAGGAGGUGCAGAGGAAGGAUGCUGAUCUGCAAACCCUUGUGAGGAGGCUAUGGAAGGUAGCAGCUCCCUAUUGGUCCUCCGAAGACAAAGGUCAAGCCAGGUCUCGCUUGGCUGCUGUCUUCGCUCUCACUCUUGCUACCACUGGAAUCAGCGUCGGUUUCAAUUUCCUUGGCCGCGACUUCUACAAUGCUCUUGCCAACAAGGACCAAGAACAAUUCUCCAAACAAUUGCUGUAUUACCUUGCUAGCUUUGCUGGUGGUAUUCCGGUUUUUGUGUUGAGAGACUAUGCAAGAGAUACACUUGCUUUGAGAUGGAGGUCUUGGAUGACAAGCCACUAUAUGCAACGCUAUUUAAAGAAUCAGACUUUUUACAAAAUUCAAUCUCAAUCCAUUAUAGAUAACCCAGAUCAGCGUAUUGUUGAUGAUCUCAGUUCUUUCACCGGCACUGCCCUUGCAUUUUCUUUAACACUUUUCAAUGCCGCCGUCGACUUGAUAUCUUUCAGUAACAUCUUGUUCGGAAUAUAUCCUCCACUUUUCAUUGUUCUUCUUGUGUAUUCCAUUGGUGGAACUGCUAUUAGUGUCUUUCUUGGAAGGGAACUGGUCUCACUAAACUUCUUGCAAGAGAAGAAAGAGGCAGAUUUUCGGUAUGGACUCGUUCGGGUUCGAGAAAAUGCUGAAUCAAUUGCUUUCUAUGGUGGUGAAGAAAAUGAAACACAACUUCUGCUGCAACGCUUCCAAAGUGCUUUUGAAAAUUUAACACGUCUGUUGAUAUCUUCAAGAAAUCUUGAGUUCUUCACCAAUGGCUAUCGCUACCUUAUUCAGAUUCUUCCAGCAGCUGUUGUUGCUCCCAUGUAUUUUUCUGGCAAAAUUGAGUUUGGUGUCAUUAAUCAGUCAGUUUCGGCUUUUAAUCAUAUCCUUGGAGACUUUUCCCUCAUCGUGUACCAGUUUCAAGCUAUCAGUGCAUUUUCUGCAGUUAUUGAUCGACUUGGUGAAUUUGAUGAUCUUUUGGAUAGCAGCAGCUCCAACUUUGUUUCUGAGCCUGUAGAGGAGAUAGAUCUUAUAUACUGUAAUAUUAAAAGUUCAAUUGAAAUUGAGUCAAAUGGAAUGGUGCCCACAGGCAAGUGCCAAAAGUUACUGGAUGUAGAGAAUUUAACUGUACAAACACCAGGUACUAAAGCUACGCUAGUUAGGGACUUAUCAUUGGCAAUUAACCAGAAAGAGCAUCUGCUGGUGAGUGGACCUAGUGGCAGUGGUAAGACUUCUUUGUUAAGAGCAAUGGCUGGUCUAUGGACUACUGGAAAAGGAAAGAUAACAUUUUACAUAACUGAUGGAAAAGAUCUUCGACCGCUGACUUCCUCAGAUGUAGAUCCUUCUCAACUAAAUGGUGCCCAUGAUGUAUGUGAGAAAGUUGAAAGACCCCUAAAAAGAAAUUCUAAAGGUGUAUUUUUUCUUCCACAAAGGCCAUAUAUGGUUUUGGGAACACUUCGUCAGCAAUUGCUUUAUCCCACAUGGGCUGAAGAUGCAAUUUCCACAUCAGAUAGUACUAAACCAAUUGUUUAUGUAACAGGUUCACUACCUUUCUUGGAACGCACACCCAACUUAGAGAAUGCAAAUGAUAAGAAUGGUAAGCCCACAACGGAAGAUCUAAUGCAGGUUCUGGAUGAUGUCCACCUGGGUCAUUUAUUGUCUCGGUUCAGUAUGGAUUCGACUUACGAGUGGUCUAGUGUUCUGUCCCUUGGAGAGCAGCAACGCCUUGCUUUUGCACGUUUGUUGCUUGCAAGACCAGAAUUGGUUCUUUUGGAUGAAUCUACCAGUGCUUUGGAUGAAAGCAAUGAGGAUCAUUUGUACCAGCAAAUAGGGAAGGCAGGCAUAACAUACAUUAGCGUUGGCCACCGGCGGACCCUCUAUGACUACCAUAAAAAGAUCCUUCGUAUAUCUGCUAUUGAUUCCAGUACUAACCAAUGCAAUUGGCACAUUGAAGCCAUCAAUAAUGACACCUUGUAUAAUUUACCAAAUCGGUAAAUAUAGAAAUCUUAUUAAAUUGGUAUUAUUUGCUACUGAUCUUUUUUAAAGAGGAAGAUCCGUUAUGCUUUGGAAUGUAUUUUGAAGCGGUGUCUGCAAGGAUGAGUUCUGGCCUUCCUUUA